GGUAUCCCGCGGACGGUAGCUGAUCUUGAAAGACUGAUUGUUGAACAUAAAGAUUUUGAGGAUGCUCUUCAAGCACUUGACAUUGACGUAUCAACCGUAAAUGAAUUGUUCCGGCAAAUUCCCAAUCCAACACCAUCGCAGCGAGCGAAUUUCGAUCAUCUGAACGGUCGCUGGGAAGAUCUGUGGGAGCUGUCGCGGAUGUAUGUUGAACGAUUAAAAUCUUUGGAAGCAGUACUGAAUGGUCUCGCCGAGGUAACUGACAUCGUGCGGCAUCAUGAAAUUACCCUAAAUUCGUUCGAUGAUAUGCCUGCUGCUCUGGACCGACUACGUGGUGUACAUUCUCAGUUACUGGAAUUGAAUAUGGUGCUGCAGCAGCAACAGACGAUCGUUGAUGCUCUCAACCGUAAUAUCGCUCUUUUGCGGCAGCAUGUUUCGCGAACUCGACAGUCGCCAAACCAUCCAGAUGUCGAUCGCUUGGAGGAUCAAGUUCAGACGUUAACGGUUCGAUGGGAAAAUGUUUGCUCGCAGGUGGCUGAUCGUCUGAAAAGUACGGAACGUGCACUGCAAACCCAAAUGGUAUAUCGCGCGGAAUAUGAAAAUGAAAUCAAAUGGCUAGACAAUGUUGAGGCCACCAUCAACAGUUUGCGAAGACCCGAAGAGCUUCAGCCAGAGCAGUAUCAACAUCAGCUCGAUCAACUUGUUGCUGAGUACUCGCAGUUGCAAGAACGCACCGAAGCGAUUGAGAAUUUGAACAGAGAAGGCGGAAAAUUUAUUCGUGAUGCAAAAGGUUACGACAGUCGUCUGGUACAAUACAUGGAAAAUAUUAUUAAUAUUCACGGACCAAGCAUACGGAAUGAGUUCCGCCGUGCAACGCCACAACCGAAAAAUGGAGCACAGCAGGUCACUGAAGAACUGGAACGCCUGAAUAGACGAUUUGCUCAGCUAAGUUCGCUGAUACUGGAACGACGAAAUGUGAUGCAAGUGCUCAUACAGAAUUGGAGAAGGAAAAAACAGGAAGAGGAAGAUCGACGGAGAGCUGAAGAAGAGGAGAAACGUCGUCAGUUUGAAGCAGCUCGGCUGAAAGCACUGGAGGAUGCGGACCGACUCCGGAGAGAACGCAAAGCUGCUGAAGAUGCUCGUCGUGCUGCAGAAGAGGCGGAUCGUUUGCGUCGCGCACGUGAGGCUGCAGAGGAAGCACGUCGAAAAGCUGAAGAAGAGGCGAGGAGGAGAGCAGAAGAAGAAGCUAGACGAAGGGCAGAGGAAGAAGCCAGGAAGCGCGCCGAAGAAGCUCGGAGAAGAGCGGAUGAUGAAGCCAGAAGAAGGGCUGAGGAAGAAGCCAGAAGGAGGGCUGAGGAAGAAGCCAGAAGAAAGGCGUCUGAAGAAGCCAAAAAGAACAAAGACGCAGAAAGAGAACGUGAACGUCUGAGAUGGGAAGAGGAACGUAGAAGAGAGGAAGAACGUAAAAAGAAGCAGGCGAAAGAUGAUGCUGAACGGGAGAAGAAACGGCGGGAAGAUGAAGAUCGUAAACGUCGGGAGGACGAGGAGCGCGAGCGUAAGCGGCGUGAGGGCGAAGAGCGUGAGCGUCGGCGACAGGAGGAUGAAGAGCGCCGACGAAAAGAGGACGAAGAGCGCGAGCGUCGAAGACGUGAAGAUGAAGAACGCGAACGUCAAAAACGUGAGGACGAAGAACGUGAACGCUGGCGACGUGAGAAUGAAGAACGCGAACGCCGGAGACGUGAAGACGAGGAGCGUGAGCGCGAACGACAGCGACGGAAGGAAGAGGAGCGUGAGCGUGAACGACAGAGACGUGAGAACGAAAAGCGUGAACGUCAAAAAUGGGAGGACGAAGAGCGUAGACGUCGAGAAGCUGAAGCGGAUAAAAAACGGUUAGAAGAUGAAAGACGACGUCAAGCCGAGUUAGCUGACAAAAUUCGACGCGAAGAGGACGAACGACGACGCCGGGAAGAUCUGAGAAGACGACCUAAAAUGCCUGAUUUGAGGCAUGGCAUGCAACAGACAUUUGCGCCAGAGGGUAUGGAAUUGGAAGAAUUCGAGGAGAUCAGGGAUGUGCCCGAAAGGGCGACAAUUGCCGAACAUGAGGAUGAGAUGCAGAUGUACCAAGAAGAGACAGUUACAAAAACACAGUUUUACGAAAUGGAAGGCAUUUUGCAUAAGCAGACUGGCGAGAUUUUAACUUUUGUUGAAGCGGUACGCCAGGGGCUGUUAGACCUACAUUCUGGCGGGGGCGAGUUCUAUGACAUCGUCUCGGGUGCCAGAAUCAGUUUAGAAAAAGCUGCAGAAUUAGGUUACAUUGAUGGUGGUUUCCAUGAAGUACUUAAUACCCAUUAUGGCAUACGCCAUCCUGAAACAGGGGAAAGCUUGUCACUUCUUGAAGCUAUCCAGGUUGGCUUGUAUGACCCCGAUGUGCGCCAGUUGAGGGAUAUCGAAACCGGUGAAAUCUUACCGAUGUAUGACUGUAUUUCACGCGGAAUCAUUACUCUUGAUACACAACAUCGACUAGUUAAAAUGGGCAUAUUGAAACUGCCACCCAUGUCGCUGGAUAAUGCAAUUGAACAAGGAGUUGUGAACAAGGAGACAGGCCAUUUCACUGGAAAGUACACUAGAGAAACAAUGCCACUCAAAGAUGCUUUGUACAAUGGCUACAUACAGAUUGGCGGGAGUCGCCCUAACACUAUGAUUGCGAUCACUCUCUCAGACUGUCUCCAAACAGGCCUUAUCGAUGGGAACAGUGGAGAAUUUGUAGACAGGCAUAGUGGGGAGAAGAUAACGUUGCGUGAAGCGGUAUCGCGGCAAAAUGGGCUGCUGAAUUUGCACGUCCCAGAAGUGGUGAGAACGGAUGAGAACCGACGUGUUACAUUGGGUGAGGCUAUCGUGAGAAACGCCGUGAACACACGACAAGGCAAUUACACAGAUUUACAAAAAAGCCAGAGUCUUACACUUCAAGAAGCUUUUGCAAGAGAUUUGAUACAGAAGCCGCUGACGCUCAUGGAAAUCAGCGAGAAAGAUCUAAUUGACUCAACGAACAAAUUCAUCGACGGUGGUACCAAACGCCGAUUCACUUUGCUAGAAGCAAUUGCAGCUGGUCUGCUAGAUCCAGAUGUGCGACACAUUGUAGAUCCAGAGGAAAAAGAUGUGAUUUCGAUCGCUGAAGCUCUCGAAAGAGGGAUCUUGGAAGCAGAUGGGAGGAUUGUGCUUGCAAAGCAACAGAAGGUGUUCUCUGUCAGUGAAGCAAUUCAUGACGGGUUAUUAAUAAAGCGCGUACGACAUUCUGUUUUUGAUGUAAAGGGUAUCAGGAAUACCAAAACGCGAGAAAAUUUAACGUUUAAUGAAGCGGUGGAUUCUGGUGUCAUCAUACUGCAGGCGGAACGAGUAGUAGAUAUCGCUGCUAACGAAAGUCACCUCUUGACCGAUUGUGAAGAUAAGGAUUUGGUAGACCCUAUGUUAUUUGAACUUCUAACUACUUCGUUAGGUAUCAAAAACGGUUCGGGACAAGUUCUUACUGUCAUUCGUGCUGUAGCAAAAGGCUUCAUCGACCCUCGAAAAGGCGUUUUUAUAGACAAGAGAUACGGCAGGGAACUUUCCCCGAAGGAAGCUUAUGACGCUGGAUUGAUAACCCUUCGGGGCGCAUUACAGCUAUCGUCGAUGCUUGACAUCCACCCGUCUUUGGUUACACCGGUUAAAAAAAUUGAUCAGAAGAAACGGAUCAGGCGUCCAGGGCAAAAGCAAGAUGUAGCAACUGAUCAAGUGAAAGUUACUUUAGCAGAAGCAAUGAGACAAGGUUUGGUUGAUUCUCGCACCCACCGAUUCCGCCAAGGAGAUACGGAAAUGAGUUUUGAAGAAGCUUUAAGUCAAGGGCUUCUGAACCCAUCUGAUGAAUGGAUAAUUCCGUCAAAAAGCGCGGGAGUCGGUCCUACUAUUGAGGAGAAAGUGAGUGAAUCUGUUGCCGAAACGGCACAGCAGCUUGCUCCAAAGUUUUAUCCGGAUAAGAACAUCGAGGAAACUGUAACAACCAUCAAGAGAGUGAAGAAAACAGAAACUACCGCAGUUGGUGGACCGGGAGGUGUUUCUGUUUAUCGUUCAAUCACUGGUGCUAAAGGUACCGUAGAGGUACCUGUCGAUGGUUAUCAUAUUUUGGAAGCGGAACGUAAAGGUUACGUAAAUCUUACAACAGGAGUCGUAACGCUACCAAAUGUGGAUCGCACUUUGACUCUAGAGGAAGCUUUUAAUUUGGGCUUGGUUGACAGCAAAAGCAUAAGCAUUCGAGAUCCAGUAAGCAGAAAACAGAUCCCGAUAGUGGAAGCAAUAAACCGCAAACUAAUUGAUAAGAAUGGUUUCAUGGUGUAUGACGGAUCUUCGGUUAGUCUGCGAAAACAGAUUGAAAACGGAAGUGCUUUUGUUGAAGCGGAAUUGCCAGUGAGCGUAGAAAGCGCAAGAAAGAAAAUCAUCCAGUUUACUCCAGGUAGUGAGGCAGUUGUAAGUUUCCGGCCAGUUAGGACUUCAACUGUUGAAGAAUCGGAACAGUCCUGGACAUUUGAUGUAACUAGAGGAGAAUUGGUUGAUCAUAUAAGUGGAGAACGGCUCACACUUGAUGCAGCUUUACGAACAGGAAAAAUUGCUCCUGAGGAUCUUCGAGUUUUCGACACAUUAACUGCUCGUGAAAUGUCAUUCGACGAAGCCGAAAAAUGGGGCGUUAUUGAUCGGAAAGAUAGCUAUUAUUUGGACAAGCGUGAGAACAAAAGGUACUCACUAGCUGAGGCGGCGCAACAGCACCGUGUUUUUCCUACAGGCGGUGUGCCCGAAAACGCUUCCGAUGCGGUUUAUACAACUUAUAAAAUUCAGAAGCGAAGUGAGGUGUCGGAAAAGGAAGCCUUGUUGAGUGGACCUUCAGCAUUUGUAGACCAGACGUUAACAAAUGCACUGAUGUUGGGCUGGUACGACGCAAAAACUGGCAUGUUUACACACCCGCAGACACAGAAGGAAAUGUCCUUGAAAGAGUCAAUAAUCAAAGGGCUGUUCAAUCCAUAUGGUACAACUGUGUUAGAUAAGAAACGAAAUCGAGAAUUGUCCGUUCUAGAAGCUAUCGAUGAGAACAUUAUCAAUGAUGCAGACGGCACUGUGCUUAAUACAGAAACGGGAGAAUAUGUUGAUUUGAAGACAGCGCAGGCACAAGGUCUUCUUGCAAGCAAAGGAUCAGCGCAAAGUCUUGAAGGUGCAUUGAUGUCGGGAAGACUUGAUUUAUCGACCGGGCGGUUAACAACUUCAGACGGUGGCAGUAUCAAAGUGGAAGACGCAAUUGCAGCAAAAGUGAUUGAUAGUCAGAGCAUCGUUGUACGUGAUCCAUCGACUGGAGAAGAAUUACCAUACAGUGUAGCUGUGGAGAGGAAUAUUGUGGAUCCUGUAAAAGGUGUGGUUUACACGAAGCAGUCUGCUGAAGCAGUGUCAUUUCCACGGGCUCUUACUAGUGGAGUACUGGCUGGCGUUGGUUCUCAAAUGCGCACUUUCCAGAAGCCUCAUCCACCACGCUUGAUAGAGCAGAAAUUGGAACUUACGCCUUAUGCGCCGGAAUUCAAGGAUGACAUGAGAACGUCGACAAUUGCCGUGAUGGAAAAACGCACUGUGGGACCAGGACGUCAAGAAAUGGUUGAUUUAGGCGGCGGAAAGCAGGUAAUGGUGAAAGUUGUGCGUGGAGAGGGAGGUGUGGAAAAAGGUGAAUAUGUUGAUCCAUUGUCGGGAAUGAAAUUCACCAUUCAGUUGCACGGCGAUCCGUAUGUGACUGAAGCCAAAACCGUUGUGAAAAGUACUGCCCAAGUGCAGUCAAUUCAGCUGGAACCGCAUGCAGAGUUUGUUGGCAUUGACAAAAUCCGGGAUAAAAGGAAUGGGCGGAUUAUGUCGUUACAGGAUGCCCAGCGCAUUGGUAUCGCACGUAUUGAUAAAAAGGGCAAGCAGACCACUAAGACCUACUCGGUUUUCCGAUCAAGCAUUCAAAACGCUGUCGCUCGAGGUGUUGUUGAUGCCAGUGGCGAGAAAAUUAGUUUGGAAGAUGCAGUCAGAGCAAAAAUAAUUGAUUUGCAAAACUUGACUUACAUAAAUCCGAAGACAGGGGACGCACUGCCGUUAGCUCAAGCAGCAAAUAUGGGCCUUUUGGAUGUGACUUUAUCAGAAAUUCUUCCGAAAGGUGUAUGCCAUCCAGCAAACGGCGAAAGAAUUUCUGUGCAGCGGGCUGUCGAACUUGGCAUCAUCAACCCAAAAACUGGUGAAGUGAAUAACCCAUUCACAAAAGAAAAACUGAGCUGGUUAGAUAUUGUGAAACCGAUAUACACAAGCUUGACGAUGGAAGGCGUGUAUGAUCCAACAAAAGGCUACGGAAUACCAGUUCUUACCGCACUUACGGAAGGACUGAUUGACACUGCCACGGCUCAAUACUCAAACUUUAUCACUGGUGAAAAAAUAUCGUUGCAAGAGGCAUUCAAUAAGGGCUUGAUUGAUGCUGGAACUUAUAAAGCUAUUACGGAACCGUUUCUGACUGAUUUCCGCACAAAAAGGAGACUUAAUUUGAUUGAAGCUGUUCAAAACAAAUUGGUUGAUCCUCGGAAAAAAACCAUUCAGCUCAGUGAACGAGUUAUAAUUCCUGUUGCUCUAGCAACUGCUGAAGGUAAAAUACCGCAAUUCAUUGGAGAAAAACUGAAACGCGUCGACAAAAUGACAUUUGCUGAAGCAUUAAGCAAAGGUUUGAUUGAUGUUGCGCAAAAUCAGUUCACUGAUUCCGAUUCGGGGAAACAGAUGUCGAUUAAUCAGGCAAUUGAAGAAGGUUACAUUGAUACUGGGAGUGUUGAAGCCAUGGAAGGGUCAGAUGAGCGAAACCUAGCAAAUAUCCUAUAUUCUGUUGAAUUUGACGAGAAUUCAGGUCGAAUUAGGGAUAAAAAAUCAGGCUUAUAUUUGACUUUCAAAUCUGCUGUGGAUCGCGAUGUCAUUGAUGGUGAUUCACUACUACAUGACCUUGAAUCUGGUCAUACAAUUACAAUAAAAGAAGCCCUAAAUCGUGGCCUAGUUGAUUCGGAUGGGAAAUACAUUGAUGCACGAACAGGCAUAAAAAUCAGCCUGAAGGAAGCAGCAGCAAGAGGUCUGAUCGCCUUGAUUGCUUCUCCUAUGCAAGCUGCUCAAGCUGUCACAGAAGCUGUAAAGCGUCGUGACAUGGAAGGUUAUAAAUUCAAGUUAGAAUCGCUUGAUGAAUACAAAACUGGAAGCGGGAUGCCUCGCAUUAAAGAAGAGGCAACAAUCAUUAAGCUUUCAUCACCACAUAGGCAAGAGCCCGGUUUAUCUCUUCGGAUGCGGUCUAUUUCGGAUGCGUCACGAGGUAGCAAAACCCGUAGUUUAAUUGAUGAUCCACAAGCGAUGGCUGAUUUGCAGCACGAUUUUCUGGAUAGUUUGCGGGACCAUGGGUUUGACGUUGAAGAAAAGGUUAUUGAACAUCCAGAUGGCACAUCUCGAGUUUCAGUCCGUGAGGCUGCGGAAAGCGGCUUGCUAGAUAUCAUUACGGGAGAAAUUGUUCACCCAGCAAGUGGCCGACGUUACUCGAUUCCACGCGCUGUGCAUAUGAGAAUGUUACAUCCAGAAGCAGCGAGGCGAAUGAUGGAAACUUUGCACCUUUCAGUUGAAGACUUAGGGCAAUCACCGAUUGUCGAAUCAGCUAGUGGCAGUCCCAUGGAAUCUGGGGUGCGAGUGUAUACAAAAACAGUGAGCUGGCGUGGACAGCCAUCUGAGUUGCGGCAGACUGCUGAUCCGCUUGCGCCAUAUACAACGUAUACAUCAACUGCAUCAUCCUCGACGAUGAGAACUUCUGAUGUAUUUCCGUAG